GGCAACAUCUCUAAUAUUGUUUGAGUUCGGGUAGCAUCCGACCCUUCUGCCGAGCGAUGCGCGAGCAGCGACACGGAGCGUCCUGUGGACAUUCAGGCUCAGCUGACGGAGACCGCCGGCGUAGUCUUCAAGCUUGCCGAGAAGCUCGGAAAGGAUGCGGCAUGGAAGCGGAGUGCCGUCGCAGCGCUUUCCAGAGCCACAUCUGCAGACCGCUUCCUAUUUCUUGCCGAUUCGGAAGAUGGCCAGCUGGAGCGUCUGAAUGGACUCAUCCAUAGCGCGGCGGCUGGCCUGGGCGUGGGGAGCGCGACAACCGGUGAGGUUGCGGCGAGGCGUUGUUGAAGCAGGAAGCACCGGCGCGCCAGGCGGCACCCAGGGCCACCCGCGCGACGCGCCAGGGCCGCCUGCUGCUCUGCCAGGGCUGCGCGAUGGUGCGGCGGCGGCAGCGGCGGCAACGGGCCAAGCCGGCCGCGAGGAGGGGGCGCCCGCAGCAGCAGCAGCGGGCGCUACGGGCGCCUGCCGCCUUCGGCCGAGGGACCUGCUGCGCUCAGCGCUGCCUGCUACCGACGUGCCGUACCGGGGCAUGGGGAGGGCCUCCGGGAGCGUCAGCAUCGACGCCACUGACACGCACCCGCGCCAGCUGCUCCGCUGGCAGCACGUGGAGGAGCCCGCCGCGGCGGUGACGAGCGGCGCCGGAGGCAUAGGAGGCAGCGGCGGUGGCGGCGACGGCGACUGCGGCGGUAGUGGCGGCGGCUGCAGCAGUCGACCGCUAGUGGAGGCUAUCCUGGAGCACCAGGACGCCGCGAACAGCCUGUACGGCGAGGACCUGCGGCGGUGGAGGCCCCCCCUUGUUGUGGCCCUGGACUCGGAGGCCGCGGUGGCCACUGCGUUUGUGUCUGCGGUGACAGCUCCAUACGCGCUGGGCCAGCUGGCGGACGUCACUGCUGCACGCACCCCUCACCACGGCGGCGGGGGCGGCGGGGGCGGCGGCGGCGGCGGCGGCGGCGGCGGCGGCGGCGGCGGGGUGCGCGCGGUCUGGCGCCUGCAGCCGCCCGAGUACAUCAUCAGCCGCACCCGCGCAUCCUGCUUCGCCACCGACCUGGUUUUGCUGCUGGAGCCGCCGCAUGAAGAAGCCACCACCACCUCAGCAGCAGCAACAGACCACCACCACAGCGGCAACAGCGGAAACAGCGGCAGCCCGCCGCCGCUGCAAAUGGGCGCGUCGGCAGGUGCAGGUGCAGGUGCAGGUGCAAGCGGCAUGGCGGUCCCGCGGCUGGGCCACGGCACAGGCGGAGAGCAGCAGCAGCGGCCGCCAGAGCCAGCCGAUGCAGCAGCAGCAGCAGCAGCGGGAGGCGGGGAGCAGUCUCCCUCCUGCGGUGGGGGCAGCGGCCUCCCCGCUGCCGGGCCGCAGCAGCAGCAGCGGGAGGCGGAGGCGGAGGCGGAGGCGGAGGCGGAGGCGGAGGCGGAGGCAGACCCCGCGCUCAAGCGGCGGCGGCUCCAGCCGCGCUGCGUGUGUUUGGGUGAGCUGAGGGCAGUCCCAACGCUGAUGAAGGAUGCAGGAGACGGUGGGGGCGGGCGGCGGCCCGUGGACUUGCUGGCGGCAUGGCGCGACCCGUUGCACAGGCACCACACGCUGGCGCAAGCGAUCAUUAGCCAGGUGUACACGUGCCUGCUCUCCCGGGGCGCCUGCUACGGCUUCCUGUCCUGCUGGCACGCCACGUGGUUGCUGUACUGCCCCGCCGCCAGGCGCCACCUGCUGUACCUGUCGGAUCCCUUCCUGGCAACCACAACCGCCACAACCGCAUCCACUGGCCCCACCACUGGCCCCAUCACUGCCACCACCACCACUGGCCCCAGCGGGCCGCCGCCGCCGAGGCCCGGUGCCGCCGCCGCCGCCGCCGCCGCCGCCGCCGCCGCCGCCGCCGCCUCCGGGCCCAACAGCAGCAGCAGCAGCAGUGCGGCGACGACGUACGCCGCGCUGGCCUUCCUGCAGUGGCUGGCGCUGCGCAGCGCACCACACAGCAGCUGCAGCCCGCAGCUGCUGCCACCACCACCACAGCAGCAGCAGCAGCCGGGCGGCGGCGGGCAGGGGGCCGCAGCAGACCUGCUCCUGGUCGAAGGUAGCGGUGGCGGCGGCGGCGGUGGCGGCGGCGGCGGCGGCGGCGGCGGGCAGCACGAGGCGGCAGCGGCGGCAGUGGCGGCGGCGGCGCCAGCAAGUGCGGCUGCUGCCGCUGCCGCUGGUGGGAGUGGUAGAGUGCGCCCGCGUCCGCUCCCGGCGCGCGUGGUGCUUCGCUUCCAGCAGGAGGAGGAGGCGGUACGCCAGGGCAGCGAGGGGCUGGUGGUGGAGGGCACGUGCGACGGCGUGGGCUGCUUCGUAAAGCUGCUGGGGCCGGACCGCGCCGGCCUGGCGGCGUACGAGCGGGAGGCGGCCGCCUACACCGCCCUGGAGCCGCUGCAGGGGCUGCACGUGCCCGAGCUGCAGGCCUGGGGGGAUGUGGAUUUCGGCGUGCGCUUCCUGGCGGUGCGGCGGGUGGAGGGCGGGGUGCCGCUGUCGCGCCUGCCACACCCGCUGCCGGCGGCGGUGGCGGCCGCGGCGCUGGACGUGCUGCGGGCGGUGCAGGCCGCCUGCCCGCGCUUCGUGCACGGCGAUGUGCGGCUGUCGAAUAUGCUGGCGGUGGAGGGGGAGGGGGAGGAUUCGGGCCUGCUGGCGGGGUCGCCGCCGCAGCCGCCAGCAGCAGCAGGAGCAGCAGCAGCAGCAGGCACCCGUGACGCGGGCGGCGGAAGCGGGAGCGGAAGCGGAAGCGGAAGCGGGAGCGGGAGCGGAAGCGGGAGCGGGGCGGGCACGCGGCAUGUGCACGUGCGCUGCGUGCUGUUGGAUUUCGGUCGCUCGCGGCUGGACGGCGACGCGGCGGCGCAGCGGCUGGAGCUGGAGCGGCUGCGGAAGCUGGUGGUACCGGCGGCGGCGGCGGCGGAGCAGCCGUAGAUAGCAGGUAGGGGUGGCUGCUGGCCGCGAUAUGCGCUUGACAGUUGUGGUGGGGAUGGAACUGGAGGUCACAGCUGCCACCGGGCGGGUGUGUGCCGCCGUGGACACGCGCAAGGACCCUGCACGGGGAGAGGGGCGGGGCAAGCCACCCCAAGUGAGGAGGGCGCGUGCGUGACGCCGCACCGUACCGCCUGGCUAGAACGCCGCGCUGGCGCGCAGGUUGAGAGAGUUGGAGGCGGGCGCCUGGCUGCUGGGGCAGCGCACAGCGAGCACAGCCUUCGCCUGCGUGGUGUACAAGUUGCAGAAGUGGCCGGCGCAGGAACACAAGUAAGACUACAAGGGCUGGUGGAGAGGAGAGUGCUACCAGGAGGCGGCGGAGGAGCAGGAGGAGGAGCAGGAGGAGGUGGUGGUUGUGGCGGAGAGCGACUGCGACGUUGUGAUUGAGAGGGUUAGUGGUUGAGUUACGAUGAGUUACGAUCGAGGGAAUUGAAUUGAGUGGCUGGUGGACUCGGUGGGGCACCUUCGUUAGCUCAUUGCACCACCACCAGCAGCGGCAGGGCUGUGGCAGAAAGCGCCACGCUAGCUAGGUGCGGCAGCAGCAAGAUGUAGCAGCCAUCGGCCGUGCCUCUCAUCGUGUC